CAACCAACCACCCCCUCAUUCCCCCCCUCACACAACAAAGCAUGGCAACACUUCAUUUCACUACAUCUCCUUCCUUCUCCCUCACUAAACCCAAAGCCCCCUCCAACAACCUUCUCCCCGCACUGCAACUAAGCCACACCCGAUCCCGGUUCGGCUUUUCCCGCCGUUAUUCAUCCCUGACCAUCGCGCACUCGUACAAGGUGGUGAUUGAGCACGAGGGCCGAGCCACCGAGCUCGACGUCGACCCCGACGAGACCAUCCUCUCCAAGGCACUGGACAGCGGGCUGUCCGUGCCGCACGACUGCAAGCUGGGCGUGUGCAUGACGUGCCCGGCGAGGCUUGUGAGCGGCACGGUGGAUCAGAGCGAAGGCAUGCUCAGCGACGACGUGGUGGAGAGCGGGUACGCGUUGCUGUGCGCGUCGUACCCGCGCUCCGAUUGUCACAUUAGGACCAUCCCUGAGGAUGAGCUGCUGUCAAUGCAGCUAGCAACUGCUAAUGACUAGAUCAUUGGUUUUUAAGUCUGUGCCAUUGGUGUACCUUUUUUCGGAUUAUUAAUUCAUGCUUUUAAAGAGAA